GGCCGCAGACUCUUUGAACGGCCAGCAGCUCAGCAGGAACUUCACCGACCGCCACCAUGACCAAGGAGUACACGCUGGACGAGAUCCGCCGCCUGGCCGACACCAACCCGGAGAAGCUGGCGCAGGAGUACCAGGCCUCGCGCGCCGCCACCGCCAACCUCGUGGACCGCGCCCGCGCCGGCAUCGCCGCGCGCACGGCCAACCCGCCCACCAACAAGUUCAACGCCUGGGCGCAGGGCUACGGCAACCGCUUCAUCUACAACGGCAGCAUCAAGCCGCUCGUGCACAUGAUGCUCAUCGUGGGCGGCGCCGGCUGCGCUGUCGAGUGGUGGUGCCACCACAGACACGCUCACGCUGAGAAGAAGGAGGAGCACCACUAAGUGGAGAAAUCUCUCUCUAUUUCUUCUUCAGCGGUCUGUGACGUCGCUGGGUCGGGUCUGACAAAAUGUGGAGGACACCCUUCUUCUCCGUCUUCAUGAUUAGAUGAGAGAGGAGGACCGGCGAGGUGUACAGACAGCAGGGAGGCAGGACGGACGAAGCCAGAAGCAGUUAGUGCCAGCUACGGUAGCGCUAGCGACGCUGGCCGAUCCUUGGAGUGAAAAAAUGACGCGGCGCGUAAAUAAGAACCCCCACGCCUGAAGCCAAAAUCCAACCAUGAAGAGCGCGACCGCAAGUGUUGUGGCUGUGUUUGUUG